AUGCGGUUGAUGGACCAGAAUGACGAGAUAGCCACCCACACCGCCAAGCUCUUUGCGCAGGAACUCGAAAGCUUUGAGAAGAAUGGCACAGUGACUGUAGAUGGACAUACCAUGCACCUGACUGUCAGCGCCAGUCCGUGUCCCGUGCGAAGGGGAACGGGUAUACUCUUCGCCAUAGAAAACUUCACCAAGCAGUACUACUACCAGAAGGCUCUGAAAGAUGCCAUUGGUCAGGCAGAGAGGGCCAACAAGGCGAAGACAAAGUUCCUGGGACACAUGACACACGAACUCAGAACUCCGCUCAGUGGGGUCAUUGGCAUUGUGGACCUCAUCAUGGACACAG